AUGCUGCCCGUCGGCGGCGACCGCGUCUGGGGCAACGCCACCUGGGCGCCCGACGACGUGUCAUCACCGGAGCUCGUCGCCGCCGGCCGCAGCUUCGGGGGCGUCGUGGCGCGGGUGGACACGGAAGACGCAGCUCUCGGCGAUGCAGCGGUCUCCAACGACACCGGUGCCCUGAGCGCGGCGAAUCUGGAGUUGCUGAAAGCGACGCUGACCGACUGGGUCAGCAGCUUCGGGGCGGCUGCCAAGGCGGGGCCGGCGGCGGGGGAGGCGGCGGACAAGGGGGGAGGGGGCGGAGGCGAGGAGGCAAAGGAGGCCAAGAAAGAGUUCCUGGACGUGAACCAAGCCGUCGCAGCCCUGGCCGCCACCGCCGGCCUCCAGUUCACCCGCAACAUGCAGAAUUGGUCCGCGGCCGCCUCCCACCUCGACCUGUCUGACGUCAUCAGGCGUCACGAGGAGGUGGAGGCAGAGCUGGAGCGCAAGCGCGCCGCGGGCGAGUGCGCCGCCGCCGCCGCCGGCCAGUGCGGCGGCGCGGCGGGCGCGGGUGACGGGGACGCUGAUGCGGUCGCCGCGGCGAUGUCGAUGGGAGAGCGGCGGCGGGAGAGACGCGCGGAGCGUGCCCCGCGGCGGCCGGCGGUGCCCAUCGUCGACGUCACCCGGCGGCCGCUGCCCAACGCGCCGUCCUUCUCUCUGUACUGCCUAUACGGCAUGGGCACCCCCACUGAGCGUGGCUACCAUUUCCUGCGCACCAAGCGCCAGAACUUCACUGAGUGGAGCAUCAACAAGGUGGCCAGCGACCCACCCACCGGCCUGGAAUCUGGCUCCCAGCUCAGCGACGGCGACGGCACCGUCCCGCUGCUGUCCCUGGGCGCGCUCUGCGAGGGCGGGUGGCGAUCGCAGAAGCUCAACCCCGGGGGGUCCAGGGUGGUGGUGCGGGAGUACCCCCACGACCCGGUCUACUCCAUCACAGACCCGCGCGGCGGCCCCGGCGCGUCGACGCACGUUGAGAUUCUGGGCCAUGACGGCGUGCUGGCUGACGUGCUGAGGAUCGUGUCCGGCGCGGCCGACGACGGCGGUGACGAGGAGGCUGUCACGGACCGCCAUCACUCCACGAUAAAGGAGAUCGUGGCCAGGAUCGAGUGGUAG